AUGGCUUCAGUAACCAAAGCUCAAUUUGAGCAGAUCAAGAAAAUUCAGCACCGAACCCGCGACAAAGAACUUCACUGGCUUGUGGAGCUGGUAGUCCAACCCGAACUCCCCCAGCUCGUGGAGGCCCUUCAGAUCUGUUGCAACCUAAUCUUGUACAAUUCGCCUCAGAGCCCAGAUAAAGAGAAACUCGUGGAAAAGGGUCCGGCAGUGACAUUGCCGGUGUCGUCAGCCAAGCUGGAGGCCGUAAAAGGUAUCUUAGUCAGGGACGGCGCCCACAUUACCAAAAUGAGCGUUGCAAUCAAGGACAGACAAUUCAACAGAGCCGUCAGCCACCUUAAGUUGAGUAAGCCGAUAUUACUUAAGCAAAUUAUGGCUGCUAAAAAGGCAAUUGAACAGUCCAUGGUGCUUCUAGUGCAAGCAGAAUCUAUUUUUGAUGACACCCUGCUGGAGAAGUGCCAGGAGCAGCAUCGGGUCAAACAUGAGCUGCUUCUAGAUUUGUUUGACGGACUUCUUAAAGAGCUACAGGUGGCUAAAAGGGCACUUCAGCUCCCCACAGAUCCCCAGCUUGUGUUUCCCCUAAAUAUCACUCCUCCAGCCCACUUUGAGCCACCACUCAACCCACACAUCGCCUUGGACCUUUACAUUUCACAGGCUGAAGUAUGCCUUGAUCUCAAAGACCUACACAUUGUGACUGAGAAGCCGUGGUGUGAGAUUGACCCGGAUUCAGGGAAAUCGUACGUGGACCAGGUGAGAGACCGUAUGUCCGAGGGUAAGAGCGAGGCUACAGAUCACCAAAGCAGGAAUAAAGACAAGGAAGGUGUUUUAAGCAAUGUCUUUGGCCACUUGCUGCUUCGACACAAGUACGAGGCCCAGGACUACAUCACCAGGUGUAUCACCUACAAUAACCAGGUGGUGAUUGUGGAACACAAGCUCGAGGUGUCAUCGGCAGACCCUGUUUUGGUAAGUGCGUUUACCAAGCUCGACUCAGUGGAGUAUAUCGUAUCCAGUUUCAUGGAUAAUAUCAAGAAGUUGAUGUAG